AUUCUUUUGUGCGCACCUCGCAACCAAACUAAAGGACCUAACGAUCGAUCAGCUCCUUGGUCGUUGAUCUUGUUGUUGAUCAGUUGCUCCACUAGUAUAGGCGCUUCUCCCCUCAGCUUCGCCAAUCUGGGGUGUAUACUUUGUCGCGAAGACAAUUACUGAGGAUCAUGAAGAUCACAACGAUACAAGCCGCCGUUGGGUCGGCAGUACUCCUCUUGAAUGCUCAAUCAUGUGCUGCUACCGUUCAGCAUCGCCAUCACCAUCUUCACUUAGAAAAGAAGCACAGUAGCAGCCACAGCCACAGCCAUGGCCAUCUUCAAAAUGCCUACAACCCUAAGUACAGCCAACGGAACAGCUCUUCUCUUGUAUCGCGAGACGGUAAGAAGAAAUGUCAAUUCCCAAAGGAUAAGGGUCUAUUCGCUGUUACUCCGUCUGCGAUGAACGGUGGCUGGGCUCUAGCCCCCGAUCAAGAGUGCGUCUCAGGCACUUGGUGCCCGAUAGCCUGCCCUCCUGGUAAAGUUAUGGCCCAAUGGAAACCAGACACCCAUUAUGCUUUCCCCGAAUCAACAUAUGGCGGUGUUUACUGCAAUGAUGAUGGUGAAAUUGAGGUUCCUUUCAAGAACAAGGCAUGGUGUGUCGACGGUACUGGUGCGGUGGAAGUUGUAAAUAAAGCAGGAAAAGUUGUUUCUUUCUGCCAAACUUGCCUUCCAGGUUACGAAGAUAUGAUCAUUCCUACCGAUGUCUACGACACCGCUACUAUUGCUGUUCCGGAUAUGUCUUAUUGGGACUCAACCGCAGCUCACUACUAUAUCAACGCUCCCGGUGUUAGCUCCGAGGAAGGAUGCCAUUGGGGGGACGAAUCGAAGCCUAUUGGUAAUUGGUCCCCGUACGUUGCCGGAGCAAAUACCGAUGGGAGUGGAGAGACAUUCGUCAAGCUUGGAAUAAAUCCGGUGUGGCAAGACUCUGCCCUUUUCGAUACGAAGCCGAACUUUGGUUUGAGAGUUGAAUGUCCUGAAGGAGGUUGCAACGGGGCUAAGUGUGAAGUUGACGGGUCUGGCGUAAAAAGUGACAACAAAGCAUCCGGUGCUGGUGGUUCCGACUUUUGUGUUGUCACAGUGCCUAAGGGUACUAAAGCUAAUAUUGUUGUCUUCAAUCUGGACGGCUCGGAAGGAGAUGACAGCCCAUCGAGUUCUUCGCCGCCUGAGUCUUCGUCGCAACCCCCUUCUACCCAGCCUGCCAGUACGUCGAGCAUCCCUACAUCAAGCUCUGCUCCACCGACAACUUCAUCGACUUCAAGCAGUUCCGUGGUUACUUCAUCGUCAUCACCGCCGUCUUCAUCGUCGUCAUUACCCUCAUCAACGUCAUCAUCAGCAUUGUCAUCAUCGACGUCGGUGACUAGCAUACCAACAAUUAGUAGCUUCGUUACUAGCAGCUUGACGACAAGUUCAAGCCGAGCGAGCAGCACGACGAGCUCUUAUGCCUACGUAGCUGGUGUUUUCCAGCAAAAUGCAAAUCAGACUUCGAGCUUUACCCGAAGUCUGCCUUCCUCGACUCCCGCCCCCGCCCCAGUCUCCACCAACGAAGACGAUGUUGCGGGCGAUUCAAACAAAAAUGAGGGUUCAGGCCAGCGACAAGGUAAUGCUGCCUUUGCAGGUUUGAUCGUUGCUUUUGUGGCUGCUACCUACCUACUCUAAGGCAAUCGAGCGGUACAUAGUACAGCAUGUUGGAUGUGGCACGACCCUUUUCAUUUCGCCUAUAUAACUUGAGCAGUGUCUAAAUGCCUUGAGACUUCCAUCUCGGCUAUUUGCUCGCCGAUUAUCAUCGUUGCGGCGUGGGCUCUGUACCACUGCCCGAAUUGUCGACAUAUCUUAACAUAUCGGUAUCACUAUAUACGCGCUUAUUUCCGUACAUUUUUACAACUCCCCAAGCCCUAUAUAACGAAUUAUUUACUCAUUAGUGUUUAUUAUUUAUUCCUUAACUGAUAAUUUCUGGAGCUACCAAGUAUUUUCUCAGAUGUCCUUGAGCUAUG